AUGUCUUCAUGGCCUGGACCAGGAUGGCAAGCCCCGCCGCGAUACAUGCAACCAGACCCAAGAGCGUAUUAUCAGCCGGCCCCACCACCACCUCCAGUAGCCCAUGGAUGGUACAAUUUCACCGCCAACCCAGCACCCGUGAAUCCAGAGGCAUAUCGUCUGACUUCACCUUCUGCCACGCAACUCGCAUCACUCAAAUACCCAAAAUUAAACCCAGUCCUUGCUGAGGACACCACGCUGCUGCGGUACGACACCAGAAUCGAGCCAUCGUCCGCUAUCGUUCCCUCCACAUUCCAUGCCCACCGACACGAGCUCGCGCUCAGAAACCCAACAACAAAAUUGCGCCUGAUCUCCAGAUCGUUCCCAUGGCAGAUCGACAUUCCAUCGCACAAGAACAUUACGUGUGAAGACAUUUGGAACGCGCUAUACAAAAGCCUACAAGAGCCAAUCAGAGAUUCCGAGUGGGGCUUUAUCAUCAGGGACAAGGAUCUCAGAGCGACGGUGGAGGGAGCAAUGAAGAAGCGAUGCGAGGCUAACAAGAGCUCGGAGAAAAUUUUGAAGCGAAUCGACUUUUUAGGGGAUGUGACCCUUUUUAGAGGGCUGGAAAAGGACGAUGAAUUGGCCAAGAUACGAUGCAUGCCUGGAGACACCUUGUGGGCAGAAACAUGGAUCGUCAAGUUCAUUUCAUAG